UCUGUUUGUUUACCUGUGUAUGGUGAGUUAUCGUUCUUGAGCUCAUUCAGGUAUAUCUCACUUCCGCGUUUUUACCUGAGUUGUUGUCACCUGGGUAGUUUCUACACAGUCUUUGCUGACCACGGAGCUUGUCAGAUGAUUUGGUCAGUCAGUUUGUUGGUCGUGGCUACAUAUAUCUUUGUGGCAGUGUUCUCCGAUACUUCAGUAACCAGGUUCACAGCCAGCACGUUGGAUGUGCGUGAUAGAGAGGUGACUUUGAGCAGUGUCAGUGCGCUGUGUGUAUUGGUCUUGGUACAACCAGUUAGCCUGAUCCACAAUUGGGCUUCUUAUUUGAAUACAUCUCAACCACAGUACAGAUCAGUUGUUGUAGUUCUUAGAACCCGUACCGCUGAAUGCAAGCUGGAGUCCAGUGACUUUCUACUAAUUAAAAACAUGGAUUUUCCAACCUUUUGUGAGCCAGUGUCACUUUGUUUAUCAGAAGUAUUAGAAGCUUUAGGUGUGAAUGAAAGGACCGUUAACAAAAGACGGGAGUUGUAUCAUCAGGCUGAAGUGAUUAGAGAGAUGGGAUUUCAUUUGACUAGUAAGAUAUGUAACAUUCCUACAUUCAGUGAUACCAAAAUCUAUCAUUUUGGAAGUAAGAUUGAAGGAUCAACUACGCUUGGUUUGAAGUCGGAUGUGGACCUGGUAUACUGCACUCCAAAAUUAAUUACCGUCAUAGAAUCAAUAUCAGAAAAAAGUGGAAGUAUCAAGGACGUUUUGAUAGUGAAAAAUGAUGCAACACCAUACGGUCACUGCAGGCUCCGUAUUGUUAAUAUUGAUGGCAAACGUUUCCAAAGUAAGGACAUGUAUUAUUAUGAUUCUAAUGGAAGUAAUUUCCUGCCUAACACAUAUCUUGAAGACGGCUCAGAAGAUUUUACAUCCAAAUUAAUGCCGAGACUAAGACAUGGCCCUUCUUCAUAUUACAUGAAUACAGACAAUAUAAUGGCCAUCAAUUUACCCCCCGCGCUGUCCAUGACAACAAAGAAUGUGAACUGUUUUAACUGGCCUGCCAAAGCACUAACUGACAAAUUAAGAAAAGCAGGAGGCUUGCUCGUUCCCAUUGGUCAUUCACAAAGUGAAAAUGCCCACAUUGAAUGGCGAAUUUCAUACUCAUUUGCGGAGAGACUUCUUAUUUUUGACUUUAAUAUUACACAGCUGAGAUGUCUGGUUUUGCUGAAAAUGAUAAAGAAAACAUUUCUGCAGCCUAUCGUAGGAGAUGAGUUUACCAGCUACCACUGCAAGACCACUUUGUUCCACACAAUAGCAAGAACACGUUCAUCGCUUUGGAGAGAGGAUAGGCUAUUUGACUGUUUAAUGUGCUGUUUCUCCACAUUACAACAAUUUCUAUCACAUCAUUUCUGUCCACAUUUCUUCGAUCAAAAAGUAAAUCUGUUCAUUGGAAAACUGACUCCUAAUUGUUGUAAGAAACUUAGUGUCGUUAUCGAACAUUUUCGAAAUGAUAAUCUUCGAAGUUUACAACAAGUGCAAACUGACGACUUAGGAGCCAGAAUUCUUAACAAGACAACAGUUUUAGGAAGAACCUGCUUUCAAUGUCGUGAAUUGGUUGAAAAUCAGAUGCUUAUUGAUAUUGUAUACGACAGACUUCGUUUCUUAAUUGAAUACUCUAGACAUCCAUAUAUACAUAUGUAUAACUCACACCCCACGUUGAAGAAGCAGAUAUAUGCUGGCUUCAAAUUGUUUAAGGAGUUGAUGCACAUUAUGAAGUAUGGCAAUGACACGGAACGUGCUGUUUCUCGGCUAUUUGUGCCGCAUUUUGCAGCUAAACAUGCCUCACUAAUGUCGGCGUACAGAAUGAAAAAGAAGCAACCAGUAUCGGAGAACAUUAUAGAUUUAUUCAAAAUAGGUUUCCAGACCGACGCUACCUCAAGCAGAUUAAAACUAGCUUCAGUGUUAUUUUCCAACGGUGAAAUUAGUCAGACAAACACAAUUCUAAACGAAGUAGAAAACAAAUUAUCAUUGAGUGUUUUACCGACUUGUUUUGUGUUUGUCUUUACAUUUGCAUUUCAGUGGGAGAAUUUCUACAAAAUGGCUUCAGAAAACUCUGAUGUCAUCAGCUGCAGUCACGCAUUUUCGUUAUGUGUUGAAUUUAUGAGAAAUGAUGUUUGGUGUUGUCCGCUAGGAUUACGUAGAUCUCUUAUUACAAAAGAAAAGUCGAGAGAGGAUAUCGCUUCGUUUGGUGUUCAGUUUGGAAAGGAAGUCGACUCAAAAACAAUUUUGUAUUACCUGCAGUUUUUAACAUACGCUAGACUUUCAAGUCAACUGAAAACAAAAGCACUGAAAAAUUUGAUGCAAUGUGUCAUGGGCAAUUCUUGCAGAUGGUUACGAUAUUUUUUUGACAUCGCAACCAGGGAGGAGGAAGACAUUAUUCAGAUGUAUACAGACCGUGUGUUUACGUGUCAAGACAAAUACCUUGAAAGCUACCAUGAGGUUAUUAUUCCAGGGCUUUACGAUAAUUUGACGGUCGAUCCUUGGGGAAGCAUACGCCUAUGUAUUUGUUACGCUUUACACAAAUGUUCUGUCGUUCAGCACAUGGACAUGGCUUUGCUUCUAAUUGGAUAUUCUUUCGAAUACGAGAAUCAAAAGGAAUUUGCAAGUGCAUUCUACUGGAUGUCUUUCAUCGUAGAACCAUCGAGUGCAACAGCAAGGCAUAUUCUAAGAGUUUGCCCCCAGACAUCAGUUUUGGACUAUUUUAAUAACUUUUACAGUGGUAUGACUCGUAGGACAUAUACGAGAAAACUGGAAAUAAGUUUGUUACCUACAAUUGUUGAAGCGUUUGCACAUUUGCUAGAAGCAAAUAUCAGUAUGGGCAUCUUACUAAAACCUUUUGUACUACGGGGUACGUACAAGGCAAGGUGUUAUAUCUGCAUUCUUAAUUCACUGAUCAGAAAAUACGACCUACAGGAAAAGAAAUCCCCAGAUGCACAUAUUCAUGGAGCAGUCAAAGAGGAACGACAAAAAUACUUUGAAUCGGAGUGCCUUCUUUUAUAAAUUCUGAAAUAUAUCGAUCUCCAUGUUAUAUUCGCUCCAGCUGCACAACUUUUUAACUGGAUUUCCUUGAGUAAACUGUACUUUGUAUUACUAUUCUUAAUUGUUUGCAAAGCCUUUCUCAAAAAAAAAGACUAUAAUGAUUUCUUCAUAAAUUAAACGUUUUCAGGAUUGAUUUUCUUUCAAAAAUUGAAAUGGGGCCAUCAUAGCAAGACAACAAAACACAACAUAAUAAAAUGAUAUUUCAAAACAAGACAGCUUACGUUGUGGUGAAAUAGUCAAGGGAACAGAAGGAAGGAGUGUUCCGAAUAGCAAGGAUAGUAGUUGUCGUGGUAUCAAAUGCGCGAUACAAGUCAAAUAUCAGAAAAAGAUAAGACGCUUACGUAUUCAAUGGGGAAAUAUAUCGUCUAGAUAGUCAUAAUCUGUAAUUUUUUCUUGUAUGACGAUUGCAAGUAACGUUAACAAUUAUAACUUGGGCUAUGUUUGUCAGAUUUGAAUAUGGGCUGAAUAUUAGUAUCGAAUAUCAUAUGCUGAUCUCCAUAUCAAAUUUUCGAUAUUUUACCGGACUGUUUGGUAGAUAAUAGGUCAUGUCGAUAAUAUCACACAAUGGCAGACGACGUACGUUAUGAGAAGAUUUGAAGAUACUGUUUAUUCAAUGAUUGUAUCAUAAGGACACGCCACAGGUGGAAUAUUUUAGAAUGACUUUGAUACACAACAGGUAUUAAAAUUUAAUUAUAAGUGUAUCUUUUAUUUAGACUUAUUCUUAGUAUAUAUAUGUG